CUGAGAUGAGAAAAAAGAAGAAUAAAUUGAAAGUAAGAGGUCAGUUACUGUAUUACGUAAAUGCAACUCAAGGCCAGUUAUGUUAUCAUCACCUAUACUUGCAGCCCAAGGAAUUUCCCCUUUAAAUGAGCCCUAAGCAAAGCCAACAAACCCCACCUAUUCACUGCACAAAUCUCUCCAAAACCAACUGAUCCAAAUCCUAUUUCGUUUACCAGUACACCCACCCCAAAACCCUAACCAUGGCUCCUCCAAUUUGUCUUUUGGGCCCACCCGAGCUCCGCCUUACCCACCCCACCGCAACCCAUGAAGAAAACCCUCCUCUGGGUAAAUACCAGUCAUCUUCCUCAACCCCAACCUUGAAUCCAUGCCUUGAAUUCUUCUUUAAAGCCAUCACCACAUCCUCAGAUCCUAAACGCCCACAGAACCCUGCCCCCAAAUACGGUUACAAGUAUGAGCGACAGAAGGAUCUUACAGAAUGUGAAGAAGAAGCAUGGAAUCAAGACCCUCUCAUCACUCUGGGACUCAUAUUUUGCCUCAGAAUGGUGUGGAGGCCCAACAUAGAAGCCUUUUACAAGUCCUUCUUGUGGGUCCACAAAAACCACCCUUUAGCCCUAGCUCUAAAUCUCAACGUUUUUGGGGAUUUGGGUUGGUUCAAAGAUUUGUUGGAGAUUCUCUCUAGGGUUUUGCAGGACUCCAUAGUAAAGAAUAGGGAGGAGGAGAAGCGUAUGAAUGGUUGUUGGAACAGGAGUUAUUGGUCCUUUUGCAAUGAAAGCUAUGAGGAGGAGGAAGAGAAGGAAGAGAAGGAGGAGAUCAAUACAAUCACAGAUGUUCAAAUUGCCAGGGCUAAAGCGGCUGUUGAUAGGUACCGAGAUGACCCGGAGUAUAGGUUCUUGCACGAUCGUGUAUCUGAUGUGUUUGUUGAAAUGUUGGCAUCAGAUUUAAGGUUUUUGAACUCUGAUGAGAUUGAAAAAAUCAGCUAUGCUUCCAAAUUUUGCCCGUCAAUUGAUUCGUCUUACGACAGAACAACUCUAAUAUGUGAAAACAUAGCGAAGAGAAUGUUUCCACGGGACGUUUAUGAAGAGUACAUAGAUCUUGAAGAAGCGCAUUACGCUUACAGGGUUCGCGAUCGGUUGAGGAAACAAGUACUUAUCCCCCUGCGCAAGGCAUUGUCAGUGGAUUGCUCACUGGCUGCUAAACAGAACAGGAAGUCAUUGUCAUUGUUCAAAAACCGCAAGGCGCUGAUUGCUUUAGAAGACUACAGGAAUAUCGCUGGUUGUCAUGAUGGUGGAGGCAACAACGAAAGCAAAUUGAAAUUCAAGAGUCGCAUGAAUAUUGUGCAAAAGCUUGUUCCAAAGAAAGCAAUUAUCGAUAUGUGUUUUGGUGAUGAGGUAAAGCUUCCUCACCACGUGCUGGUCUCAUUGGAGAAGGAACAAGGUGGGGUUACUGAAACCGCAGAGGUUCAGUGGCAGAGAUUGGUCAAAGAGUUGUCUAGCAAAGGGAAACUCAGAAAUUGUGUUGCAGUGUGUGAUGUCCCGGAGAGUAUGAGAGGGGCGUUGAAGGAGAAGGUUUGAAUUUCAAUGGGGUUGUUGAUUUCGGAUCUUAGCGAAAAACCAUGGAAAGGUUCUGUCUUCUUGAUAGCGA